UUGUUUUUAUCUACUAGACAAGACUUUCCGGCUUUCUGUGUGCAGACUGUUCGACAGCGUGAGAGUGACCUUUGGUUAUGUCAAUUCUCGCCAGAUGGUCAUUACUUAGUUGCCGGAGGAAAGGAGGCCAAUGUGGACGUGUGGCGUGUUGAUCCGGUUCACCAUACUGUCUCUUUUUUUCGUCUUCUUGAUACUCCUGCAUACGUUGCCCACUUUUGUUGGUCUCCGGAUGCUGUCAAGUAA